AUGAAAGUUCCCAAGGUUACAAGCAUACUUUUAGUGGUACUUCUAAGUUUAACAUUUUUAAACUUCAUAUUAAAAUACUAUACUUAUUUUGUUAUAAUUGUUACAUCAGCGAAAAACUCUGAUGAAUCUAAUUCAAUAACUGAAGAAACUGGUGAAAUUCCUCAUCCUCAUGAAUUAUACGUACCUUUACUAACGUUUAUACCAACCAAAUCACCAGUUCUUACGAGGCCAUGGGUGAUUAUCACUAGUGGAUUUAUUGAGGAAACUGCUGCGGGAUUGGUAUUGAAUUUCAUUCUUUUUUUCUAUUUGGGAAAAUAUCUAGAGAAUAUGUGGGGAUCAAAAGAGUUUAUGAAAUUUAUCUUUACCGUUAGUAUUGGAUCAAACUUGUCACUUUACUUAUAUUAUAAUUUCAAAGCAUCAAUAUAUGCUGAGCACGAAUUAAGUGUUCCUCCGGUAAUUAUCAGUUCAAUGGCAUUAAAUAUGGGACUUUUCGUUGCAAUUAAACAAAGAAUUUCAAAUCACUAUUUAUUGUUUUUCAAGGAUAAUUUGAGAGUUAAAAUCACAUAUUUACCAUUCAUAGUGUUGGUCAGUUUAACAGUAUUAAAAAUGAUUGACCAAGAUUAUCAAAUAUCAUUAUCACUUUCAAUACUUGGUUUCAUAAUAAGUUGGAUUUAUCUUCGUUUUUUCAAACUAGGUACUAACGAUAGACAAUCUUAUCUAUUACCUUUUGCACUCAAUAGGAAAAGGUCAAAUAAAAAUCGUUUUAAAAUGAAAGCACCCACCCCACCUGCAUCAAACACUAAUGCAUUAUCAUCACUUAUUUCCAAUUCUCUGGGAGGGAGUGAUUUACAAUUAGAUACUAAACCAUUAAGAGGAGAUAGACUGGAACAAUUUUCAUUAUACACUUUCUUCCCAUAUCCUAUUUCUGUCAUUAUCAAAAUAUUCGGCGAAAUUGUUUUUCGAAAAAUGGUUGAACAUGGAGUAUUUGAUGAGAAAGACUUUAAUCAGUAUGAAGAAGAAGUAGAUGCUGAUUCAGCAAACUUGCUGUCGACAUUUUUUGGACUAUCACAGUUGAAAGGAGCUCAAGGUGAUAUACUGGCAAUACCUGGAGCCAGUUCCAAAUUAAAAUUGAUAUGGGAUUGGCUCAGUAGUAAACCAAGUACCAAAAACGUUGGAAUUAAAACUAGCAUGGAUAAAAGAAGGAAAUUGGCAUUAAAAGAGUUAGAAUAAUAAAAAACAAAUUGCUAUAUAUAAUCUAUUUCGUAUAUAAUUAUGUAAAAGAUAUGUAAAUAUGCUGAAGGUC